AUGUCCUCAAUCGGUAUAAAUAUGAUAGUGGAUGAUUCCCAGGGAGUCCAAAACAAUAUUUUCGGCCAAUACCGCGAGCUCCCCAACAUCAACACCCAGUUCUUCGAGAAAGCUCCUUGUUCUUUCCGGGAUCGUUCCGCGAGACCCAAACCAGAGGCCUCUCACGGUGAACUCUCUCUCUCCGAAGGUCUCGCGGAAUUUCUCUUUUAG